UCUUCAGAUUCUUGUUUGUUUAAAGUUGUCUCCCUCAGGGAACACGUUGAUUGUUGGUCCAAUUCCAUUCGCCCCUCCGACUUUAUCAUUAACACUAUUGUUGAAGGCUACAGAAUUCCUUUCUUUGAUUUGCCUGAGAAUUUUGUUAUUCUCAAUAGAUCUUCGGCGUUCAAGUUUAAAGAUUUUGUUCACGAGGCCAUUUCAGAGUUAACUGAGCGUGGUUGUGUUAAGGAAGUUCUUAAUCCACCAAAGUUUAUCAAUCCUCUGCUCGUUGUGCAGCAGUCCAGUGGGAAAUGCAGGCUUAUUUUGGACCUCAGUGUCGUAUUUAAACAGAAUUUUAUUUGGAAGCAGUCUGUUCGGUUGGAAGAUAUUCGCACUGUAUUUGAUUUGUUUCAGUCAGGCUAUUUUUUCUUCACCUUUGAUCUCAAAUCUGGUUACCAUCACGUCGAAAUUUUUCCAGAUCAUCGCCAGUAUCUGGGUUUUUCUUGGAAUUUUGGCUCUGUUGUUAAGCACUUCGUUUUUACUGUUUUGCCUUUUGGAACGUCCUCCGCGCCGUACAUUUUCACUAAAACAGUGCGUUCGCUCGUUAAUUACUGGCGCGGUCUUGGGCGUCGUGUUGUUACUUUUUUGGACGACGGUAUCGGCGGGAGCCCCGAUUACGCUAGUUGCCUGGUCCAUAGUCGUCUAUGUCGUUCUGAUUUGGACUCUGCGGAUUUCUUUGUGAACCUUCAAAAAUGAGUGUGGGAGCCGUCUCAAGUCGGUACCUGGCUUGGUUUCCAUCUAGAUUUCAGUUUUAAUUUCAUCACCGUUCCUCUUCCGAAUAUUACGAAGUUGCAGGAGAGUAUUUCACGUAUCCUUGCUCUGCGUUUUGUUAACGCUAAGGAUCUAGCUAGCGUUGCUGGUCAGUUGAACUCUAUGUUUUUGGCUAUUGGAAACAUUGUGCGUUUAAUGUCUCGUGCCAUGUACGCCCAGAUUUCAGCUCAGAAUUCCUGGUUUUCUAAUUUUUAUCUGGAAGAUUCGGUUGUGAAGGAAUUA